UAGCUCAGGGAGAUGAUAGGAAAGUGACACAGCCACCCUCCCCUCUCACCCGACCGAGGCGAGCCCCCCUGACAGCAUCACCGACAUGCCCCGCAAGGCUGGACGCACUUAGCCGGUGCUGCUGGUCGGCUCAACGACAAAACACGACAUUUUGCAAGAUAUUCGACGAUCGCUUAUUAUUAGCCACAAGGUUGUUAGGGCUGGUGUGUCUGUGAACAUAAUCAGCCAUGGCGUCAGCAAAUGUUACACUGGAAAAUCAGCUGCACAGUGCACAGAAAAACCUGCUCUUCCUCCAGCAGGACCAUGCCAACACGUUGAAGGGGCUUCAUGCAGAGAUCCGCAGGUUACAACAGCAAUGCACAGACCUGACAUACGAGCUCACUGUGAGAAGCUCUGAUCCCUCAGACAGCAGCGAAGUCCGAUGCAAGGAGCUGCAGAGAAGAUGUGAGGAGCUGGAGGCCCAGCUAAAGAAGAAGGAGGAGGAGAACACAGAGCUCCUUAGGGACCUUGAGCAAAAGAAUGCUAUGAUCUCUGUUCUGGAGAACACCAUCAAGGAGAGGGAGAAGAAGUAUCUAGAGGAGCUCAAGAUGAAGAGCCACAAACUGGCUGUGUUGUCUGGGGAGCUGGAGCAGAGAGCGAGCACUAUAGCUUACCUGACCUCUCAGCUUCAUGCCACCAAGAAGAAGCUGUUAGCUGGCAGCUCGUCUGAGGCCAGCCCCAACGUUAGUCCAGUCACCUCCUACAAGCCCACUCCUCCCCCUGCCAAGGACAGGCAGCCUGAAACCCCGCGACGUCGCAUGAAGAAGAGUCUCUCUCAGCCUCUGCACCCUGAGUUAACAGAGGUGUAUCGGCUGGGGCCGGAUGGUAGACGGCUGGUUCUGCGAGAGACAGUAGAAGCCAUGCCCGACCCCACACCUUUCCUACAGGCUGGGAGGGACUCUCCUGAACCACAGGUCGUGAGAGAACGUCCUGCUGUUAUCCCCCCUAUUGCCUCUGAGCGCCCCCCUGUAGUUCACCUCGGCGCCACAGCCAGCCCGCGUCACAGCCCAGCUCGGGACCGCCAGUACAGGGCUCAUGUGGGUGUUGCACACCGCAUCCCACACGGCACCCCUCCACUGGCUCCACCGCAGGCGGAGCUGGAGACAUUGGCGGUGGACCAGGUCAAGGAGGAGAAGGUUGUUCGGAAGCGCUCAGGAGCUGACAGGACAGUUUAACACUGCAAUGCUAACACGCAAAUAAACACACACACAGACACACACAGACACACACACACACACACACACACACACACACACACACACACACACACACACACACACACACACACACACACACACACACACACACACACACACACACACACCUACUGUAAACACACAACACUGCAAGAGCAGGACGGAGCCUGACCCACUGUGUAGCCUGCUUUCUACGCAACACUGCAAUAUGAAAAGUACAAAACUUAAUCAUCCUUUUUUUAUGGUAUUCCAUAAAAACUUGUUUUUUCUUAAUAUACAUUCGAAAAAGGACGACUACAAAGCAUGCCAAAUGUUUCUUUAUCACCACCCAUUGAGAUUGUGUAUUAUAUACAGCUUGAAUUUUUGCUUAGACUUUUAUGUCAUUCUGUCUCAUGUGGUGUGAACAACCAACCUUCAGCCAAAUAUCUGCAUCAGUGCCUGCUCCACCUGAUCAAACGUACACACGCUGUGUAGAGUAGUUAAGGCUUACAGUUACCAUUACAGGUCUCUAUCUGCUUCAUCUUAAACAAUAGUCUGGACAUAUCAACAAGUAUAACAAGAUUUCUGCAGCUGCGUAGGGUAGAACUGAUAAUAUAAACUGAACAUACUCUUCAUACUACGUCUGUCAUCAUCUCGUCAUAUCGGUAUAAUAACUGUAGGUUAAUGUUACUGUAAGUAUGAGCUGCUAAAUGUGCAAGAAGCACUAGUGGUGCACAUGUGUAAAUGCAGUAUGGAAACGAUGGUGAACAAGCAGUGUUGUUUGUGUCCGAGAGAGUGAGGGAGAGGGUGUGUGAUACAAAGCGAGACACUGAAGGCCUUUGAGAGAAGUAAGUGUGGACUUAUACGAUAUCUCUUGAUGUUAUUUGUGAUACACGGGGAAUUUUUAAAACACUGCUGUAAUAGGAUUUUGUGAUAUAACCUACUGUUCUUUAUAAAGGCUGCACAUUUGUAAGGAAUUAUUUUUUAAUUUAUUGUUUCAUAGAGAACACAAAAGCACCUCAGAUAUUGACAGAAACCACUGCAACAACGACAUGACGGUAAUUAUACUCGAUUAAUAACCUGCUUUUCACAGUAAUAUCACCUGUCCUUGAAGUAUAUGUAUAAUUCAAUACAAUAAAGCAAUGCUUUUUUGGUUUGGGGA